AUGAGGGCUUUGUUGUUCGUUGGGACAAUUGCAUGGCCUGUACUUUGCCUUGUCACUGCCACGGAUUACCACAAUGACGAGAUAGCCAAGGAUGCAACAGGAAUUCUGUGGCCCCAUCGGGUCCUACAGCACAAGCAUCGAAUAUUGCUUCCAAACGGUGCGACGAGGAGAACCGCUAACACGUGGGAUCCUUGGGUCGGUGAAGAAACAUAUCCUGGAAAUGAAAAACCAACAAGCCAUCAAGAGUCCAAAAACAAGUUUUACAAGGCAGAGUCCCUUGACUUCUUCAGGAAACGAAUUGACCCAGAACUAUUUGAAUGGGCAAAUCCCGAGGAAGUUGCUGCCGGUGCGGUCACCUGUGGAUUCCUCAAAUCACGGCUUGGAUCACGUCCUGGUGUUACCUAUCCUACCAUUGAGGUGUAUGUAUGCAUGCGAUUUGCAAACAAACAACCAGCUGUCAAAGGAAACUUGGUCUCACACUGUGGUGGUCCCGGUUCCUUGUCUGGUUGUGGAAUCGAACAAGCCUUGAAGCUUGGAGAAGACGUUGCCAAUGACUACAACAUCUUGUCGAUUGACCAGCGAGGGGUUGGCCGUUCCCAGCCAAGCUUUGCACAUGAAGCAUGCUCUUUACUGGACUUUCAAAGAGAUGGCAAUGGCAUUCUUGUGGAGAGAAACCUACCACCUGAAUAUGCCAACACGACCUUUGAUCUUACAGAAGAAGGUAUCAAAUCAUUGCUUCCUGUCCACAGGAGACGAAUGAUGCAAUGCUGGACAUGCGCGGAUUGUGGAUUUCACUUGAACGCCACUCAAGAGGAUGGUAACAUUACAAGAUUCCACUUUCUCGAGUAUUCCGGGACGAGACAGCUAGCAGAGGACCUCUUCCGCAUGAGACUGUUGUUGAAUGCGCCUUCCUUACACUUCUACGGUGUCUCCUAUGGGUCUGCUGCUUUUGCAGCCUAUGCUACAAUGUUUGAAAACGAGUACGUGGGCCUCUUUGUAUUGGACGGGAGCUUGAGUACAAGUCCUGAUCAUUACCACAAUGCAAGAACAAGAGCAAUUGGGUUCAACGAACGAAUUGACUACAUCAUCUUCUCGUGCACUGCCAGGAAUUUUCUAGAUCCUGGAAGCUGUCCAGUGGAAGACAUGAGAAAGUGCAUGAAAGAUUUGAGUGACGUUAUCGCCGCAGUGAGUGACUUGGGGCCACUGUCAAGGACCAAUACGCUCGAACAAUUCAUCCAAAAACUCCUUGUCGACAGGGAAGCGGCUCAGUUGAUCUGCGAUACUGCUGCUACGGGCGACGCUCAAGGCACACUCAAUCUACUACAAGUGGAGAUCGCAUCAGCACUGGUGUCAAACUGGAAAGAUUCCAAUGACGGAAACAGAUCGCAGCCAACGUACACCCCCCUUGAGCUGGGAGAUCCGACCGUCACUGUAUACGGGAAUCCAGAGUAUUUCAUAUUGAAUGCAGCGAAUCAAAUCUCUAUUCAGUUGGUUCGAGGACAGGAUCGUUCCGGUCCAAUCUACGAUGACGACAGGCUGGUGAAAGAGACAAUGGAAAUCAAUGAACGAUACAACGGAGCGGGGUCCGAGGAACCGGGAAGGCAGUUCUUGACCGAGUAUCUGUUCGGCUACUUCUGGCCCAAGUCCUCUCCAAUGCCACCACUUGGCAACCCCUUUACUUCAGGCAUAAUUGCAGGCAUUUUGUAUGAUCCCCGCACUCCUUAUACAUGGACACAAGAAAUGAAGGUUGGGUUCCCCAGCACUCAUUUAUUGACAUCUCAGUCCACUGGGCAUACCCUUGCUGCAUCAGACCCCGAUUGCCACAGGCUCAUUGAACAGUACUUCCAAGUUGGUUACCCAACAUUUACAGAUGGGCAAGUCUGCGAGUUUGGUUUUGCGGAUGACACUGACCUUUCCUACGUUUUCACUGCAUGA